CACACACACACACACACACCUUCAGUCAAACGACAAUUUUCUAAUAUGGGAACAUAUUAGACAAGAAAGCUUUUUGAAUUUUGAAUCUUAGUCAGCUGAGUCCUGGUUGUAAAGCCCCAUGUAGAGUCUGAAUGUAGAAUUCCAUUUCCAUCACGUCUGCCUGUGUAGUAUUUUGACGUCACAAAGAGGCGUAACACGUAACAAAGAGGCUAGAAUCACACUUCAGAGCAAACAUUUUUGCAGCAUUCCAAUCUUGCGAGCGUGAGGCUGCAACAUGCCACCGACACAGUGAUGCAACUUUGAGAGGUUGGUGCCUUCAUGUAUCAAAGAAGUUCAUUGUUUUCAGCAGGCCAGAUAAGUACUUGCUGACUUUAUUGGCAGUCAAACAUUACGUUUUACUACCAUUAAUCAACGGGGAAAGAUGUUUGCACCUCGCUGUGAUAUGGUGACCUCUUUCCCCUAUUGGCGCUAUCCGUGGUGCUGAAAUGGAAAGCUGCACACAAAUGCACGUUAACGCAACAGCUGAUAACUAAACGUCAUUGGUGGCAGUGCAGUUUCUUUUUUUUAAUUUUAAGGUGAACAAUAUGUUGCAUGGCCUGAACUGAGCAAUGUUGAGGCUUGGUCUCUUGGGGACGCUAUUGGUCGGCAGUGUAUUUAUUUUCCAUACUCCUCUAUAUGAUGUACCAUUAGCCCAUGUCAUCCCACAUUGACAGAAGGACUCGACAGUAAUCAUUUGACAUUUUCCUGGGUGUUGGCACUAAUCUGUGUUACCGACAGAAUAAUGUAUUACCAAAUUUCACCUCCAAGCUGCAAAACACCCUUAGUUGCACGUACUGGACUCUAAGUGCCGCUGUUGGCUAACUAACCCAGCGCUGUAGUGUCACGCUGUGGUAGACCUCCCAUCCCUUUGCCUCUCCCCAUCCUGUUUGGUAUCCUCCGUCAAUUGCUGGAUUUUUUUUUCCUUUUUCAGAGGCAGGCGCAGACGUUCACCGUUACGCGAGGAAUAUUUUUUUUUCUUAAGCAUCGUUUCAUUUAAAGCUUUGAAUCAGUAUUGGAUACACAUGGUUGUUUUUAUUCAUUCCUAUUCCGGGGUGAAAUCUGAACAAUGCCGAUGAAGCAGGUCGAAUGGAAAUAUGGACUCGGGUGUAGGAUGGUGAAGCAGGCCUUUGUUGUCUUUCUCCUUUUCGGGGUUGCUGUUGGACAAAUACGCUACUCGAUUCCCGAAGAGAUGAGAAAGGGCUCUUUGGUUGGAAAUAUCGCCCAGGAUCUAGGGCUCGAUCCGACGCGCAUGAAGAAAGGUGGAGCUCGCAUCGUAAGUGAUGAAAGCGGCGAUUUUAUCGAGUUGAAUUUAGACAAAGGCACACUGGUUGUGAAGGAUAGGAUAGACAGGGAGCAGCUCUGCGGGCAGACGUCGCCUUGCAGCUUGAGUUUCGAAUUGAUAUUGUUGAAUCCAAUGCAGUUGCACAGCGUUAUUGUUGAAAUACUCGACGUCAAUGACAAUUCGCCGGCAUUUAAAGCAAAUGAAAUACAACUGGAAAUCCUCGAGUCAGCUUUGCCAGGUACAAGAAUAUUGCAAGAAAGUGCCACGGAUGCUGAUGUGGGGGUUAACGCAUUACAGGGGUACACACUUACCCCCACAGGGAUUUUUAACAUUAAAACGCAGACGAGUCUAAGUGGAGGCAAAUAUGUAGAGGUGUUUCUAAAUGCCGCGUUAGACAGAGAAAAGGAGGACACCUUAAUUCUCACUCUCACUGCUCUAGACGGCGGUAAUCCGCAGAAAUCAGGCUCCAUGAAAAUCACCAUUUUAGUGCUGGAUACCAACGACAAUGUGCCUGUUUUCACACAGUCAAUGUACAAAGCUGAAGUAGUAGAAAAUGCCGUCCGUGGUACUUCUGUAACGACAGUGAGCGCUAGUGAUGCUGAUGAGGGGUCCUAUGGUCUAGUAAGCUACCACUUCCCCCAUCUGUUUGACGAGAAGGAUGAACCAUUUACCAUAGAUGAGCACACUGGCGUCAUUACCGUAGCUGGAGAUAUAGAUUAUGAGAAAAACCGAAAUUACGAGUUGACAAUCCAGGCUAAAGAUCAGGGUGGACACAUGGAUUCCACUAAAGUGAUCAUAGAUGUUAUAGACGUGAAUGAUAAUGAGCCAGUGAUCACUCUGACGUCAUUUUCCAGUCCAGUGUCAGAGGACUCCCCCAGUGGUACAACUGUAGCUAUUAUCAAUGUCAAAGACCUGGACUCUGGCAUUAAUGGUAAAGUGGACUGCUCUAUAAACAAAAAUAUCCCGUUCAGUAUUCAAUCGUCGCUGAAAAAUUACUACACGCUAUUAACAGAUGGACACUUAGACAGAGAAAAGAACUCGGAAUACAAUAUUACUUUUACUGCCGUGGAUAAGGGAGAGCCCCAUUUAGCUUCGAACAAAACCAUCAAUAUAAAGGUAUCCGACGUAAAUGACAAUGCACCCGUUUUCGCACAGUCGUCAUACUCUGCCAGCAUUAAGGAAAAUAACCCUGCGGGAAUGUCGUUUUUCUCUGUAUCAGCGCGUGAUGAUGAUUGGAAUCAAAACGCACGCAUAUCGUACUUUCUAAUCGACUCGGAGUUCAAUGGCAAUCCGAUUUCAUCUUAUAUAUCUGUGAAUGCAGACAGCGGUGUGCUCCACGCUGUCCGUGCGUUUGAUUAUGAGCAAACUAAAUCAUUCAAGGUGCACAUCAAAGCACAAGAUGGCGGAUCCCCACCAUUGGCCAGUAAUACAACACUUCAAAUAGCUGUGCUGGAUGAAAAUGACAACGCACCACAGGUGCUUUACCCCGUGCAGACCAGUAGCUCUAUGGUAGCUGAGAUUGUGCCUCGGUCAGCUGAUAUCGGCUAUCUGGUCACUAAAGUGGUGGCUGUAGAUGUGGACUCUGGACAGAAUGCCUGGCUCUCAUAUAAACUACAGAAAGCUGCAGACAGGCCGCUGUUUGAAGUGGGCGCACAGAAUGGAGAGAUCAGAACUGUGCGGCAGGUGACUGAUAAAGAUGCUGUGAAACAGAAACUCACUGUUAUAGUGGAGGACAACGGACAGCCCUCUCGCUCUGCUACAGUCACUGUGAACGUGGCAGUGGCGGACAGCUUCCCUGAAGUGCUCUCGGAAUUCACCGAGUUUACGCACGACAAGGAUUACAAUAACAACUUGACUUUCUUUUUGUUGUUGGCUCUCAUCGUAGUGUCAAUACUUUUUAUUUUCUCUGUCAUUGCGAUUAUAUCUGUUAAAAUCUACAGAUGGAGACAGAGGAAGUUGUUUUAUAAAUCAGCCAAUAAUCUCCCCGUCAUCCCUUACUAUCCAACAAUGUACUCUGAUGGAACUUUGCACCAUACCUACAAUUAUGAAAUGUGCGGGACAACUGAUUCUAGAAUGACUGACGUAAAGCCCAUGAGACCAUACAGUCAGAGCACGCUGGUGAGCCUGAGUCGACCUGGGACAGUUCAGAGGCAACAGAAGCAACAGCAGGCUGCAGAUGCUGACGAUAUCUCCCCGGAGGUGAGAUUUGAAUAUUUUAAAUAUUAAUAAUUAGAGACUAGUUAAGUAUGCCUAUAUCAAUGAUAUUCCCUUAUUUGUGUUUGUCUUCAAUGGGUUUUCAACACUGGACAGCAACGUGCCUAUUUUAUAGUUUGUCUUUUGGACUGCAGUGCGUUUUAUUUAUCAUAGGCAACCAACGUUUCCUUCUGAACUAAAUGGCGAUUGCAUAACAGCAUGCAGGUGUGUGC